AUGGAAGAAAAGAUUAAUAUCGAUACAGUGGGAAAUACAUCCGGAGACGUGUAUGCACUUAAUAAACUAAUUCAAAAUAUGAUUGUAACAAUACGAAAACAGCAAACGUGUUAUAAUCAAGUUUAUGAAAAGGCAUUACAACAUAAGGCUGAUAAUACAACAUGCCAUUUACAAAAUUGUGGACUAAUAUUUACUGUUCCACCUAGCGUGUAUGAUUGGUCAACACUUGAACAAAAGAUAAAGAAUUUGCAACCAAAAAUUCGACAGGCUAAGGAAGAAAGAGAUCAGAGACAAAUAGCAAAUGAUAUUGCAAUUGAAAAUAUUAAAUCAGAAAUUGACUAUCUACGACAAGAAAUAAACUCAAUUCAAAAAAAUCUAUCAAUAAAACCAAUGCAUUCUACCCCAGGAAAGAGACGUCUUCAUGAUAUCCCUGAAGUCCAAAAUCAAUCACUUCCAUUCUAA